AUGCUAGCUCAUGUUAAGAAUAAUACUUUGAAUAAAAGUACAUCAUCUCAAAUUGAUGAUGAUUUUAACUAGAGACUUGAAUCAUAUUUUAUAGAUAUUGAACUUCAGAAAGUUGUUUAAAAGGAUACUUCAAAUCAAAGUAUAUUAUCUCAUGAAGCUGAAAUAGAGGCUGAAUAGAAUCAGUCAUUUGAGGAUGAGAUGCAGAGAACAUAAUACCAACUUAUGAAAAAAAUAAUGGAAACCAUAACUCAAGUUGAUUUUUUGAUGAUUGCAGAAUAUAUGCAUAAACCUAUGGCUUAUUCUUUAACAGUUAGAGAACAUAUUCAACAAGAAACAAACUUAUUUAUACGAGAUCUUAAAUAGUGA